AUGAGCGUCGUCGGCGUUGACUUUGGUGCCCAGAGCACCAAGAUCGGUGUCGCGCGCAACAAGGGCAUCGACAUUAUCACAAAUGAGACGUCCAACCGAUCUACACCGUCCUUGGUUGGCUUUGGUCCGAAAAGCCGAUACCUGGGUGAAGCUGCGAAGACCCAGGAGAUCUCGAAUCUCAAGAAUACCAUCUCCUCGUUGAAGCGCCUCGCCGGCCGAACCAUAAAUGACCCCGAAAUCGCCAUCGAGCAGCAGUACAUUACUGCACCUCUGGUGGAUGUCAAUGGCCAAGUGGGCGCUGAGGUUACGUACCGCGGGGAGAAGCAGAAGUUCACCGCCGUUCAAUUGAUUGCCAUGUAUCUGGGGAAAAUUAGAGACACGGCCAGCAAGGAACUGAAACUCCCCGUCUCGGACGUGGUCAUCAGCUGCCCACCUUGGUUCACGGACGCCCAGCGAAGAGCAAUGCUUGAUGCUGCCGAGGUUGCCAACCUGAAACUCCUGCGGCUCAUCAACGACAACACUGCCAUUGCCCUGGGUUACGGCAUCACCAAAUCCGACCUUCCCGAAGCUGAUGCUAAGCCGCGUCGGGUGUGCUUUGUGGACAUUGGGUACAGCGACUACACCUGCUCCAUCGUCGAGUUCCGCAAGGGUGAGUUGGCUGUCAAGGCCACCACCUUCGACCGACAUUUCGGUGGACGUAAUAUCGACAAGGCUCUCGUCGACCAUUUUGCAGCAGAAUUCAAAGAGAAGUUCAAGCUUGACAUUAGCAGCAACCCAAAAGCUAUAACUCGGGUCGCCGCAGCUGCGGAGAAGCUCAAAAAGAUUCUCUCCGCCAAUGCUUCGGCGCCUCUGAGCAUCGAGUCCUUGAUGGAUGACAAGGAUGUUCGAGCGAUGUUGAAGCGCGACGAAAUGGAAGAACUCAUUAAACCUCUGCUCGAUCGGGUCACCGCUCCGCUCGAACAAGCCCUCGCCGAAGCCAAGGCCAAGAUUGAGGACAUUGACGCCAUUGAGAUGGUCGGUGGUUGCACUCGCGUGCCGGCUGUCAAGGACCGCAUCAGCAAGUUCUUUGGCAAACCUCUCUCAUUCACACUCAACCAGGACGAAGCCGUUGCUCGGGGAUGCGCAUUCAGCUGCGCAAUUCUCUCACCCGUCUUCCGAGUUCGAGAUUUCUCGGUCCACGACAUCGUCACCUACCCGAUCGAGUUUACUUGGGAGCAAUCACCGGACAUUCCCGAUGAGGAUACUAGCUUGACCGUCUUUAACAAGGGCAACGUCAUGCCUUCCACCAAGAUCCUCACCUUCUACCGGAAACAGGCUUUCGACCUCGAAGCCCGGUAUGCCAAGCCGGAAAUGCUACCUGGAAAGAUCAACCCUUGGAUCGGGCGGUUCUCUGUCAAAGGAGUCAAGGCCGACGAGAAGGACGAUUUCAUGGUGUGCAAGCUCAAGGCGCGGUUAAAUCUCCACGGCAUUCUCAAUCUCGAGAGCGGCUACUACGUGGAGGAUGUCGAGGUGGAGGAACCUGAGCCAGAAGCGAAGAAAGAUGGGGAUGCCAUGGAGACAGACCAACCAAACGGCUCUGCCGAACCAGCCAAGCCCAAGAUGCGCAAGGUCAAGAAGCAAGUGCGCAAGGGAGAGUUGCAGCUGGUUUCUGGGACUUCAUCCAUGGACGAGAGCGCCAAGACUCAAAUGAGCGAACUGGAAAAUGCCAUGUACAUGGAAGACAAGCUCGUGACAGACACUGAAGACAAGAAGAACGAGCUCGAGGCGUUCAUCUACGAGCUCCGGGGCAAGAUCGAAGACCAAUUCGCCGAAUUCGCGAGCCAGGAAGAGAAGGACAAGAUCCGUGACAAGCUGGAGAAGACCGAGGAUUGGUUGUACGACGAAGGAGACGACGCCACAAAGGCCCAGUACGUGGCCAAGAUGGAGGAAAUCCGAUUCGUUGCAGGUCCCGUAAGCCAGCGAUAUCAAGACAAACUCGAAGAGGAACGACAAGCAGUGCUCAAAGCACAAGAAGAGGAAGCCGCGAAAAAGAGAGCAGAGGCUGAAGCCAAGAAGAAGGGAGAAGAGGACGGGAAGAAAGGAGCGGAACCUCAGUCGGCCGAUGAGCCCAAAGAUAUCGAGAUGAAGGAUGCCCCCGAUGGCGAGGCUAUCAAGCCUGACAGUGUGGAGGAGAAGUAG